UUGGACGCGGAAGUCCCGGGCAAGCUCCGCCCACUCCCUGUGCAGGCAUGGCGUCGCUCUUCGGAGGCGUUGAAGGGGGAGGGACCCACUCCAACGUGGUGCUUCUCUCCGAAAAGGGCACCAUCUUGGCCGAAGCGGAAGGUCCUUGCACCAACCAUUGGCUGGUUGGUUUGGACAAAUGCCUGGAGAGGAUCAACGCCAUGGUCAACGAAGCCAAGGGGAAGGCGGGCGCCGAUCCGGAGGUCCCUCUGCGCUCCCUGGGCCUCUCUCUGAGCGGAGGGGAGCAAGAGGAAGCCAUCCAAAGGCUGAUUGAGGAGAUGAAGACCCGCUUCCCGCACCUGAGUGAGAACUACUGCAUCACCACCGAUGCCGUCGGGGCCAUGGCCACCGCCACCAACUGUGGCGGAGUGGUGCUCAUCUCCGGAACGGGCUCCAACUGCAAGCUGAUCAACCCGGACGGCUCCCAGGUCAGCUGCGGAGGAUGGGGCCACAUGAUGGGGGACGAGGGGUCAGCCUAUUGGAUCUCCCACCUGGCCAUCAAGGUGGUGUUUGACGCCUUGGACAACCUGGAGGCCCCGCCCCACGACAUCACCUACGUCCACCAGGCCAUGUGCGACUACUUCCAGGUCUCUGGCCGGAUGGGGCUCCUGACGCACCUCUACCGCACCUUCGAGAAGUCCAAGUUUGCAGGGUUUUGUCGGAAGGUGGCUGCAGGAGCCGAGGCAGGGGACCCCCUUUGCCGCUACGUGUUCAACAGGGCCGGGGAAGUCCUUGCCAGACACAUCCUUGCUGUGUUGCCCAAAGUCGACAAGAGCCUUUUCCAAGGGGAGCUGGGCUUGCCCAUUGUGUGCGUCGGGUCCGUCUGGAACAGCUGGGAAAUGAUGAAAGAAGGGUUCCUCGGGGUUCUCGACCAGGCCCAGAGCGAGCGCCCGGUCAGUGCCUUCUCCCGGUUCAGCCUCCUGAAGCUGAAGCAGUCCUCGGCGCUGGGGGGAGCCAGCCUGGGGGCCAGGCACAUCGGGCAAGCCCUGCCCCUCGACUACGCGGCCAAUGUGGACGCCUUCUACACACACUCCUUCCUCCCCUGGAUCUAGACGGCCCUCUUUCCUGGCAUUUUGUACCGCCAUCGCAAGGCACUUUCCUUCCUUGGACUUUUUGUAUGUUUUGUAGCAUUCGUUCGCGAAUCGAAAUCGGCAGCGGUGCUGCUUUGCCUGCCACACCACUCCGCUCUGUUCCGGAACAAGGGAGAACCCUAGAACUGGAGCAACCUUUGAUCAUCUCAAAAAAGAUGGUGGCUCAGGUGUGCAUAAUUUCUAGGUUGUUGUAGGUUUUUCCUGCACAUUUUGAAUAUUAAUUCGUAUGCACGAAUUCUACGAAUUUUAUCCGAAAUACGAACUAAAAACGUCAUUAUGCACAAUUGUCGAAGGCUUUCAUGGCCGGAAUCACUGGGUUGUUGUAGGUUUUUUUGGGCUAUAUGGCCAUGUUCUAGAGGCAUUCCCCCCUGAUGUUUCACCUGCAUCUAUGGCAAGCAUCCUCAGAGGUAGUGAGGUCUGUUUUUCGUGUGUCUUGGAACAGUUUCUCCCCAUUGAGAUGUUCAAUGUUGUUGGGGUUCAGCCUGUGUGUGAACCUGAACCUGAUUUUCUGAUUGUAUUUCCUGAUGCCAGUGUAGAUGUCAAUGUGAAUUCUGAGGCCAAUUUAGAUUAUGAUGGUUUGAGUAGUGAAAAUCCUACAGCCUUGGAAAGUGAAAGUCAGAAUUCCCAUGAGAACAUGUAUUCCGAACCAAACGGAGACGUUUCACUCCCUUUUCCUCCCAGUCUUAGUUCUCCAGAGAAUCUGACACCUGGUCUCCCUAAUGAGGAUAAG